CACACACACACAUAUACAUACACAUACAUAUUUUUGUUUAAUGAUAGCCAUCUCUAAGGUAGGGAGAAGGGGCAGUGGUGAUGAAGGAAAAAACAUUACAUGAUAACUUUGCUACAUAUUUUAAAAGAAAAGCAAAUUGUACAUAACAGAUUUGGAGUUUUAUGUGCAAUUCUUUUUUUCCUAUUGAACUUUCUUAUGGAAGUGCUUGUUUUAUUUUUUAAGUUGAAAAUUUAAAAAAAGAUGGAAGCCAGAAGUACCCAAAGUAACAAUUCUUGAAGAAGGCUGGAAAUUUGAAAAAUACUGAAAGAGGCUAGUAGAGAAUGGAACUUUUUUCCUUUCAUUUGGGACAGGGUUUUGAUCUCCACCAAUAAGGAGAGAAUAUCAUAUCAAUGAGCUUUGGGACAAGAGUUUCACUUGUGUGUGUGUCUAUUGUUAUAUUAUGAUUUCAUAUCAUUAUAUAUUAUGGUAUAUAAAAUCAAACAAUGAUAGGUAACUAAGUAUUGAUACCAAAAAUAUAGCAAGUGCUAAACAGUGAAUUAAACCUGAUUUGAAAGAGAUAGGCAAGAAUUGCAGAAGAUAAGAAGUAUAGGGGUUGUGGUUUAACCUGAUAGAGAAAGUGGCACAGAGUUAUAUAAGAACAAGAAUAUUUUCUUUCUAAUGGUAUUUUCCACUACUCUCUUAUAUUUAUUAUUAUCCCUUCCAGACAGCCUGAAAUAAUGAUUGUCCCUCCAAUAUAUCAUGAUAUUCCUGCCAUCACAACUCUGUUUAUGCCACUCCACCUCCACUGCCCACCCUACCACCGUAUCUACCCAUUUUCAUAUCAAGUUUCUCAAAUCCUAACUUUUCCAUAAAAACUCCUCUAGACCACUAUGACUAUAGAGACCUUCCUGCAUUUAAUUCAAAACAUUUUUUAUCUAUGAUAUACACAGCUAUGAUUUGUUUGUAAUAGAUCCUCAAUAAAAAGUUUAUUGAAUGAAUAAAUGAUAUAUUAUUCACCACUUCAUAUGUGUUGGGAGAAAAGUGAUUCAUUUUUACAUAGUGAUAUAGCAAGUUGAUCUUGGCUCUGAGGUAGCCAGGGUAGCAGACAAUGCAUUUUUCCCCAUAGGGUCAGUAUAAUGGGGAGAAUAGAAGCAUUGAUGGAUGUUCAGGAGGAAGAGAGCCCAGUUAAUGCCAAAGGAGAUUUCCUGGGAUGUUGCACUGGUUGGAGGAAAUAGGUGAACUGAAUGGAAACUGACCACACUGGUAUACAGAUAUAUUACAGAGAUAUAUUAUUCAUCACUUCAUAUAUGUAGGGGAAAAGUGAUUCAUUUUUAAAAGAUAUUAUUCUUUUUCUUAUCUAAAUGCUUCACUGUCACAUACUGUAUUCAAAUUUCUAGAAAAUCCUUGGGAUUCUAGAUGUAUGACAGUAUAGUUUGAGGAUUAAUUACAAAUUUGGAAGUAUGGUCCCUCUUCCAAUAUAUGAGCAAUAUAUAGUCUAUAUUUCUUCCAUCAUUCACUACUUACUCCCUCAAAUCUGGGUACACCUUUUGGGGUAAACUCUGCAGCAUCAUAAGCCAUCAUCUUAAUAAACACUUUAUUUUAUGCCUGCUAUUGUUUUGUGUUAUGGUUAUCUAUAUGUCACAUCAGCCAACUUGAUUACAAAGUUCCCAAGGAUAGAGGUCAAGUUUUAGUUAAACUCAGCAUACUUUGACUGUAAUUCAUACUUUCUGAGGGCAAAGAUGGUUUCAUUUUUGUGUUUUUAUCCUCAGCACCUUGCCCAAUGUCUUACACCUAAUAAGUGUUUAAUACAUUUUAUUAAUACAUGUUUUUAAUACAAUUUUGACCAAGGACAGCUUUGAAUUCCUACUUACCUCAACUUAAACAUGAAUGAAGUAAGAUUUAGCACUGACACCCUGAAUGCCAUCACUGAAUAAUGCCUUCCAGAUCCAAUUGCUCUAUUCCCUGUAGCCACUCUAUUAAUCUCACCAAUAGUCCUUUUCACCACAAAGUAAAAGCCAGUUUGAUCCAAAAGAAUCUCAUUAAUUGACUAAGUUAAGUCCCCAUAAAAGAUAUACCUGUGUGGUUUGUUUCCAUUCCGUGGAAUGGAAACUGGGCUCUCUUCUUUUUCCAUAUUCAUCAGUGUUCCCAUUCUCCCUGUUGCACUGCCAACCCUAUGGGGAAGAAUACAUUCUCUGCUACCCAGGCUAUCUUAGGGCCAGGGUCAACUUACUAGCAAUGUAAACUGACACCCACAAUAAUGGACAGAACUCAUGAGCAUGGAGAAAAACUAGAAUCCAUUCUUUCUUAUUCUAUGGUAGCAAUGUUAACAUGUCCCUUAUUCUAUGUUAGCAAAAGUCUAAAGUUACUAUUGUUGCAAACAUGAUAGGGAUUGUUUUUUCUUCUUUAACGAACUGUUAUUUCCCUUUCUGUCACUGCCCCAUAUCUGACAAAUUUUAACUGUUCUUUUUCCAAGGUCCUUCCAAAAAUGGCUUUCCUAUGCCUGUCUGACUUUCAAGCAUAUGCCAAAAACCAUCUUCCUAAGUCCACUUGGGAAUUCAUUGAAGGAGGAGCUGAUGAAUGCAUCACAAGAGAUGAGAAUAUUUCAGCAUAUAAAAAAAUCCGUCUCCGUCCCCAUUUCCUAAGAGAUAUGUCUGUGAUAGACACCAGGACCACCAUUCAAGGAUCUGAGAUCAGCUUUCCGGUCUGCAUCGGACCCACUGCUUUUCAUUGCCUUUGCUGGCCUGAUGGAGAACAGAGUACAGCUAAAGCUGCACAAGCUAUGAAUAUCUGCUAUAUUACAAGUACUUUUUGCACAUGCUCCUAUGAGGACAUCGUGGCUAGUGCUCCCAAUGGCCUCCGAUGGUUUCAACUAUAUAUACAACAGGACAGGCAAAUAACAAAGAAGCUGAUCCAGAAAGCGGAAGCCCUAGGCUACAAAGCUCUAGUCCUCACUGUAGGUCCUGCUUUGGGCAAUAGAUUGCAAGAUAAUCGCAACAAAUUCUCUUUGCCAGAAUCAAUAAGGAUGAAAAACUUCGUCGUGGACAUUGAGGAAAAUUCAGAGUCUCUUCUCCCAGUCUCAAAAAUUGAUUCAUCUGCCUCCUGGAAAGACAUUGCCUGGCUAAGGAGCAUAACACAAAUGCCCAUCAUCCUGAAAGGAAUUUUAACAAAGGAAGAUGCUGAACUGGCCAUAAAUUACAAUGUGCAGGGUAUUCUCGUCUCCAACCAUGGUGGAAGGCAGCUGGAUACAGUUCCAGCCACAAUUGAUGCCCUGACAGAAGUUGUAAAUGCUGUGCAAGGAAGAAUCGAAGUCUACUUAGAUGGUGGCAUCCGAACUGGAACAGAUGUAUUGAAAGCACUAGCACUUGGUGCAAGGUGCAUUUUCCUUGGAAGGCCAAUCUUAUGGGGACUCACUUACAAGGGUGAAGAGGGAGUUCAACAACUCUUGAACUUAUUAAAAAAGGAAUUUCAUAGAUCCAUGGUCCUUACAGGUUGCCGGUCAAUCUCAGAGAUCAACCAGGACUUGGUACAGUUCUCCAAGCUAUAAGAGUGACCUUUCCAAGGAAUCUGAGGACUGGAUAUAUCAAAUGACCAUAUAGACCCUGUAUAUAUCAUGUAUGUGCCUGUGUGUGCGUGUGUGUACUCACACACACACACAAAAAAUUUCAUCAGGCCAGCUGUGUGAUCAAACCGGAUUUCAAGAACAAGAAUGCCAGGAUCAAGGAUAACUGGAAUUCUGAUGCUAUCCUAUUAUCAAUAUAACUGAUUGGUUUUCUCCUUCCUUAUGAGGGAAUGAUUGACUUCCUCCUUCAUCUCCCUGAUUGUGCUGGCACAUUUUGUGCCCAGAGACUAAACUGAAUAAUUUGAUCAUCCCAAUGAAACUGAAGAUUUUGCAAUAUAGUACUCACUUGAAAGAACAGCUGCAUUCAUUCAGUGACAUUUCCAUCAUCGGUGAUCAUAGGGCCCCCAGAUCCCAAGGAUACAAUGUUGAAAAGAAAAGUUUUCUUUCAAUAUGUGGGAACUAUUCCUUUUUUUGGAAUGCAUUUAAAAAAAACUGGGGAUAGGCUUCUAAGCGAUUCUAGAGAAGAUCUUUACUGACACACAGACAUCAAACUUUGUCUUUCCAGGCUUCAAUUCACUAUCUAGAGAAAGCUCACAUUCAAGAUCCUUACUUCUUUUCUAAACAAAGGGAAAACAUUGAGCAACUAUGUUUUGAUUUUAUUAUAUUUUAUUCUGAACUUAAGAAGUAAAAAAGCAUUUCCAUAUCAAAAUGGGAUAGAAAAAUAGGAGACUGCACCUGAAAUUGAAGAUCCAUUAUGUAGAACUUGAUAUUCCUUUCAAAUAUAUGACAAAAUUAUAUUUUCUUUUUUUCCCUUCUUCCUCCUACCCCAAAAUUAAAGGAUGACUACCAUUAGAUAUAAAUCUUUGUGUAUAUAUCUGUAUGCUAUAUGUGUGUGUGUGUGUGUGUAUCAGUUCUUUUUUCUGGAAUCAAACAACAUCUUCCCUCAUAAAAUCUUUGCAGUUAAUUUCAUUAUUUAUAAUAAUCAGGAUGACUUGGUUGCUUAAACUUGUUCUUAAAAUAUUACUGCUGUUACUCUAUAAUGUUCCUUUGGGUCUGCUCAUUUCACUCUUCAUUAUGUCAUGGAGAUUUUCAUCAUUUCUUAUAGCAGAGUAAUAAUCCAUCAUAAACAUAUACCACAAUUUGUUUAGCCAUUGCAUAACUUACAGACAUCCCCACAAUUUCCAGUUCUUUGCUACCACAAAGAGAGUUACUAUAAAUAUCUUAGAACAUGUACAUUCUUUUCCAUUUUUCCUAAUCAUCUUGGAAAACAGACCUAAUAGUGGUAUUGUUGGAUCAAAGGGUAUAAGCAUUUAAUAAUUCUUUGACCAUAAUUUCAAAUCUCUCUCCAAAAAAUGUUGGAUCAUUUCACUGACUCACCAACAAUGAAUUAAAGUUCUAAUUUUUCCACAUUGCCUCCAACAUUUAUCACUUUCCUUUCUAUCAUUUUAGCCAAUUUGGUAGGUGUAAAAUGGUAUCUCAAGAUUGUUUUAAUUUGCAUUUCUCUAAUCAAUAAUGAUUUAGAGCAUUCUUUCAUAUUACUAUGAAUUGUUUCAAUUUUUUCAUUGGAAAACCACCCCUUCAUAUCCUUUGACCAUCUAUCAAUUAAAGAAUGACUUGAAUUUUUAUAGAUUUUAUAAAGUUCUUUAUAUAUUUGAGAUAUGAGACCUCUAUUUAAGAAACUGUCUACAAAAUAUUUUCCAAGUUUUCUGCUUUCCUUCUUGUAGAGGGCCACAGAUAGUGGGGGAACUCUGAGUGAGGUAUAAGACCCUUCAGCCAGAGGAAAUAUAUCUGGUUUGGCUCCCCAUUUUCUCUUUGGACUUUCUCACCUCCCCCCACCCCUGAGAAGUCAGGGAGGGCAUGACCACCUGUGCUCUACUUGAAGCAAGGAUACAGGUGCUUAUAGUUAAGCACAUAUCAGUGUAAUUGAUGAGAUAAUGGUUCUCUAGUUCACAUAUACUUAGUGUGAUAUAAUGAUGUAAUCACUCUAGUUGGCAUAUACUUAGUGUGAUGUAAUGAUUUAUCAUACUGAGGUAUUCAAGGGGUGAGAGGACUGGAGACAUGCUCAAACUCAGACACAGAGAGAGGAGAGACUCAGACACAGAGGAGACAAGAAGACAGAGACAGAAACAGAGGUCCUCCUGGUAGCUCUCCUGCCUUCAUCACUCCUCCGCCUAAGACCAAGGCUCAUCCAGAGAUCCUCCAGAGAGCUAGUCCAAAUAUUACACCUUCUGAUCUUGACUACAUUUGUUUUAUUUGUACAAAACCUUUUUAAUUUAAUGUAACUAAAUUAUUAAUUUUCUGUCUCACAACACUUUUUAUCUCUCGUUUAUUCAUAAAUUGUUCAUCUAUCCAUAAGCCUGAUUAAUAAUAUGUUCCGUAGUCUGCAAAUUUUCUUGUGAUAUCUACCUUCAUAUCUAGGUUCAUGUGUCCAUUUUGAUCUUAUCUUGGUAAAUGUUGUCAAAUAUUGGUCUAUGCCUAAUUUCUGCCAAACUGCUUUCCAGAUUUCCCAACAAUUUUUGCCAAAUAAAUUCUUAUUUUCAAAACUCA